GAGGCCAUCAUGUCUGAGUUUUUCAAUGACACAACCACUGCCUUCUACAUCAUCCUCAUUGUUUGGUUGGCAGACCAAUAUGAUGCUAUCUGCUGCCACACAAAUACGAGCAAGCGCCACUGGCUCAGAUUCUUUUAUCUGUAUCACUUUGCCUUCUAUGCGUAUCAUUACCGAUUUAACGGCCAGUACAGCAGUCUUGCUCUGGUCACCUCCUGGCUCUUCGUUCAGCACUCAAUGAUCUAUUUUUUCCACCACUACGAGCUUCCGGCCAUCCUGCAGCAGAUCCGGAUCCAGGAGAUGCUGCUUCAAAAUCAGCAGGUGGGUCAAGGAAACCAGACUGCAUUGCAGGACAAUCUUAACAACAACACUAGCAGUGCUGCGCCCGCCGGCCAGGCUAACGCAGCCGCUAAUGCGAACACUAAUGGCCAGGACCGGCAAGCCGCUCAGGACCAACCUCAGCUUGAAGCUCACAACGGCUUGGUGGUAAAUACCGGUCUGCCCGGCGAACCAUCAAACUCCGACCUCGACUGGAUGGCCGAGAUCGCCAUUGGCCCGGACGUCCUGUCAGUUCCACACUUGGGCGACUCUCUUUUAGAGCCGGGAAGGAUCCAGGAACCGGCGUCGUCGGGUGCAGGGGUAACAGAGCUGGGUGCUUCGAGCACUGCAGGAGAGAACCAAGUCGGAAACAUUAGCGCAGCCAGUGCUCCUGCGGGACGGGGUUGUGCUCAGGGUCUGGGUCCCCCUGGUGGUGGAGGAGGGCAGACGGAAUCCGACACUUCCUCGCCAGUGACCUCACACACAGACUGCAGAGUUGCAGAAACGCUUAAAGGCGCCACGGACUGGGACGACAAGACGGAGAACAAAAGCGAGAGCUCGGACUCCCACUCUGCCCCGGCUUGAGUCGCGCACCCCCAUUCUGAAUGAAUGAAUCCACGCUCUACAGUCACCACCCCUCUCUGUAAAUUAUUCCAGAAGGCAUCAAGAGGAGAAGCCGUGAUGGAGUUUUAUGUAAUUACAUCCAGGAAAUCUCCAACUUGAACAUGAGGAGUGCCGAAGAAGACUUCCGCCAUCUAGUCAUGUUCUUAAGAGUAAAUUCGUAUUGAAUUGUCCAAAUGAUGCCAUGUGUGAGGGUGUGAUCAUUUGAAGUCUUUAUAUGUGGUUUUCUUUUUUUUAAUGAUUGAAACAUUUAAUACAGGGAGUAUUCAGUUUAAAACGUUGAUGGUAUCGCUCAAUAAUGGUACUUUUCGUUUCUCCUGAUUAUGUAGUUGCAGGUAUCAGUGGGCUGCACAGGCGGCAGUCUUACUUCCAAUCUGAAUACAAGUCACACUUUGCACAUCUCGUGCAAAGAUUGUUUUGGCUUUAUUUCCAUUCCUCUAAUGAUAUAACAUUAAUGCUGCCUACUUGAAGCAGUGAAAAUGAAUUGAGUCAUGUUAAAAUUGUUUUGGCCUCUACUACCUUGUUACUACCUACAGCAAGCCACCAAAAUGUUCCUUACGCGAUUUGAAAUCUUGCUUGCGACCGGCCGUUGCAUUCAGAUAUGGUGUUGUCCGAGGUAUGGAGCAGCUUGACUCCUGAAUCCAAUGCUAUUGGUGGUCAGAGUGCUUUGAUGUAGUUUAUUGGUCAAAAGAAGUGGACGUCAAAGCAACAUUGUAUUCCGAAUAAGUCCUCCUUCCACAUGAUCCUCAUUGAAACUGUCUAAAUCAUGGGGUCUUAUCUGUGCUUUGUAAUCCUCAUCAAGAGACAUUUGUUUUGUGGUUCAGACAGACAUUGUCUUUUGCACAGACUCAUCAGCGAGUCGUCGGUUUUUCUUCAGGUCAUGUCUGGCUUUGAGAGAUUUGGUGUAUAGAUUAUUGCCUUAUGCUUCUAAAACGGAACAUUAACCCUGUGUUUCCGUCUUUGGCCAAGUACAUUGGGGUCGAUAGCCUUACCAGAGGCUUCAAAGCCAGUGGAGAAAAUAGCAACUGAAGCAAGAAUGAACAUGUAGUUGCUUUAGCAGAAAAUUUUUUGAAACAGCCGUAAGCAGUGAAGGUCAGACUGUGCUCAUUUCACAGCAUUGCAGCCCAUCAGCUGAAGUCACUGAUCCAGAAGUCCGUUGUCUUUUCAUAUUCUGCUUUUGUAGAGGUUUCUCCAUAUGUUUGACUUGGGAAGAUAAGUGGCUGUCUCGAAUGAUCUUUGUGACCAUGUGUAACAACUUCACUAAACGCAUUGCAAACUAAGAGAACAAACAAAGGAAACUGUUGUCUGUUGUGACAGGUGACUGUGGAUGGGGAUGGUCAUUUAAAGGCUAUGCAACAAUAUGGAAAGUAAAAGCCAGGCUCUGGAUUUUUUUUUUGCUUUUCUUUCAAAUUGUGCAAUAUUUUGUAAGGCUCAGAUCCAUAAAGGAUAAUAGGUCUGAACGAGUGAUUUAUGGUUUUAUGAUCAGUUCCUCAAUAUUAUUUUUUUUCUGUGCCUAUUUGCCAUUGUCAGAGGAAACAGAUGAUUGUAGUGUUUAGAUGCAUUGUGUAGGAUGUCUAAACAGAAACUGAAAAAAAUUAUUCUCAGUUCUGUGAUUGUCAUUCAAAUGUAUUUAACUGUAAUGUUUAAAAAUUGCAUAAAGAGAUGAAAU